ACUUUCCCUGACAUUAUGUCCUCACGUGCCACCAGCUUGCCAGGUAAACUCUGGUGCCACUAGGGCCACAAAAAUGUGGUGUUUUGAAGCUUUUAAUUGAGUACUCUACCAGACCAUGUUACAGGACCACGAUUUAGUGAGAAAGUCAAAUUACACAUGGGGAGAAAAUAAUUUUUCAAAAUACUUCAUUGACGACAUUACAAAGACUGCGUUAUCCACUGAGGCAUCCAACCCAGCUCAGACCCUGCCGCCCCAGUACCAAAGCAGCAUCCUCCGGCACGGGGUGCAUAACACAGUGCUCUCACCAGACUACAUCUUAGGGUACCCCCAAAGUGGGGAGCGACUGAGGCGGAACUGCACCAUCUACCGGCCCUGGUUCUCUCCUUACAGCUACUUCGUGUGCACAGACAAGGAGAGCCAUCUGGAGACCUACAGAUUCCCAGAGGUGCAGCAGGACGAGGGCAGGGGGGACAGCUGCUUCCCUGAGGAUGUGGCUGAGAGCCUAUGCUCAUCCUCUUCCUCCCCAGAGAACAUGUGCCCCCGAGAAGCCACCAAGAAAUUCCAGCACAGCCCAGACUCAGUGGACUACAUCACGUCACAGGACAUCCUAGAGGCCUGCAGGUGGCACCCGGCACAACAGAGCGGCUUCAAGUGCGUGGCCUGCUGCCGCAUGUACCCCACCCUGCACUCCCUCAAGAGCCACAUCAGGGGGGGCUUCAAGGAGGGCUUCAGCUGCAAGGUGUACUACCGCAAGCUCAAGUCCCUCUGGGGCAAGGAGCAGAAGGCCAGGCCUGGGGACAGGUUCUCCUCAGGCAGUGGCCAAGCCUUCAAGUAGCCCCCAAAGGGCAGAUGUUACCUUGUUAGUGAACACCUCAGAGAAACAGGGUGGAGCCUAUUUAUGUCUCUAGAGAGAGGUCAAUAAAUCCAAGUUAGUCUCUACCUCCGUCAAGUCCAAGGUCACCUGGUUCCUCCUGCUGUUCUCCGCUCCCCCCCCCAACCCGGACCCCAGCCUGUCUCCCAGUCCUCUAACCAUAUUGGGAGACACCAGGUUCACCUCCCUGCCCCUUUACCACUCUCCAUGGGCAGUCCCAGACCUGCAGGGCAGCACCCCCAGGAAUCUGCUAGAAGGACAAGUCUCAGACCCCACUCAGACUUGAGUCAGACUCAGGCGACGCUGGUACAGCCUUAAGAGGAGAGGCACCACUUUAAGAAGCUGAGCUUGUCGGCCCCUCUGUAACCAGUCCCUUCCCCACUUCCCUGCCCCACUGUGAGGGAGAUAACACUGGUGGGAAAAGGGUGGAUGUCCUUUCCUUCUGGCACAGGGAAGCUUCCACUAGCAGAAUCUACAGUUUGGCUGCUUCUUAGCUAUUUGGUGUGCUGAGAGAUAGGAGAGGCCUGUAAAUAAAACAGCAAAGUGGCAAACAGGGAUAGGCCUGUCCUCCCUACCCCUCACAGACUCCAGAGCACUUCAAAGGGGCAGCUCUUGUAAUAGAGCAGAAUCAGUGUGA